AUGGGGACAUGGCUAAAUGAAUCGCCAUCCGCUUCUUACAUGAGGCUUCCUGGUGACUCGGGGCGGUUCCAGACAUCGGAGGUUCAGCUUUUCGGAUCAGAUUGUGGUUUCUCCACCUCUACUCAGCCUCCCUCCGCCUCCAAAAGAAGUGUUUCCAAUGGAGUUCAAUCACCGGCCCGCCAUUGCACUCCUCGCCAGAGUAUUAGAAAAUUUGCAACAGCAGCAGUGCGACUAUCAACAAGUUUUCGCUACGGGUUGAAAUUUCCAUUCAAGUGCUCAUCAAGACAAAUUCACAUGGAAAAUAAUCACAGCAGUGAUCCAAGGGGUGCUUUAAUUGUUCUAGAAGGGCUUGAUCGAUGUGGGAAAACUUCUCAAUCAAGCAGACUACUUUCCUACUUGGAAGAGUUAGGACAUGCAGUUGAAUCAUGGAGAUUUCCUGAUAGAACUACAAAUGUUGGGCAAAUGAUUUCUUCCUAUCUUGCCAAUAAAUCACAUCUGGAUGAUCACACAAUCCAUCUUCUUUUCAGUGCGAAUCGUUGGGAGAAGAGAUCACUGAUGGAGUCUAAGCUGAAGAGUGGAACCACUCUUAUUAUUGAUCGUUACUCUUAUUCUGGGGUUGCUUUCUCAUCUGCCAAAGGGCUCGAUAUGGAGUGGUGUAAGGCUCCGGAGAUAGGUCUAUUAGCUCCUGAUCUGGUAUUAUAUCUUGACAUAUCACCAGAAAAAGCUGCUGAACGUGGAGGUUAUGGAGAAGAGAGAUAUGAGCAGCUUGAAUUUCAGGAAAAAGUUGCUGAAUCAUAUAAGACUCUUCGUGAUGCCUCAUGGAAGAAUAUAGACGCCACACUUCCAAUUGAAGAUGUUGAGAAACAGCUGAGAGAAACGGUACUGAACUGCGUGGAGACUUGUGGAAAAGGGAAACCUCUUUCAGGGCUCUGGUUAUCUUAA